AAGGAAGCCAGAGCCAUUACCUCAAGUUGAACAGUUGCUCGAUACCCAGUAUCCCCAUUGGUUGUUCCACAAUCCAUACCACCUUCAUAACAACUGACAUAAACAUCUUUCUUCUGGCACAAAGAAGCAGUUCAUACUUCAUACCAACAGAUACUGUCUCAUAUCAUCAGCAUACAAGAUAGAAGAUCUGCCUGCAGCUUAAGGUGAUUGCAAAAUAAUUCAUCUCGAGGUGCAGAUCGUUCGAUGGGUUAGAUAUAUCUGGCUCUUGUUCUCUUUGCCGGGCCUUCAUCGAAAUAUUAGUCGUCAUGCCUCGAGUGCGGAUUCUUCCCAACAACAUCGAACAAGCGGUUGAGCAGAUAAUCCCUUUUCUAGAGGACACAAACGAUACCGCAUACAAGGCCAUCUAUUUUGAUGGAUGGAAGGGGCUGGCUGCUUCGGCGGUGCUUAGAGCUAUAGCUCAAGACCCUCCGCCUUCUUUGCUGAAGAUAUUCGACAAGAUCAUCCAUGUUGAUUGCUCGAGGUGGAAAAGCCGAAGAGCACUACAGAGGACAAUCGUGCAAGAACUCAAGCUUCCUCAGUGGGUCAUGGCUAUUUUUGACAGGCAAGACAAGGAAGAUGAUUUCAGAGGGGUAGAUGAAAGCUCCAGAAACGAGAUACAUGGCGUUGGGGAAGAGAUCCAUCGAUCCUUACGAGACCAGAAAUGCUUAGUUGUGUUCCAUAAUGGGAGCGACACCGCAAUUGACUUGAAUGAUUUUGGCAUUGUUCUGUCUGUAUGGUUUGGCAAUAAAGUCCUGUGGACAUUUCGAGGAAGGCUUCGGCUCAACUCAAAAAUUACAGAAAAGGUGGAUAAUUCACAUCUCUGUCUUUAUGAUGAGUAUAGUACUCACGGGUGGAAUUUUUUGCUGGAAAAUGAGGCUAGCGAAAUUGAUGGCUGCUCAGAUAAUCUUGGUCAAGCAGUUUGUUUCUUGUAUCUGUUGGCAUUAAAUUCUCAGGGAGGCGACGUCAUGGACUACAACUGGGCAACUCAUGCUUCUAGCUAUUGGGUCUGUGAUGGGAUUAUACAAGGAGGUCAGGAUGAAAAAGCAUGGAAGGUUGCUGCUGCUCUUCAUCAUCAGAUACGUAUGGAAGAUUAUUCGUCUAACACACUGCUGUCAUUUGGUGGCAAACUGGAGACUCCUCCGGAACGAUGGAUGGUUGUGAGGAUCUUGUUGCCGGAACUGUUGACUGUGCACCCUGAGUCCACUUCAUUUUUCUUGUUGCCGGACACAAGCGGAUCUGAUCCCUCAUUACGGUUAUUGCCCUAUGACAUGUUUCAUCAAUCGGACAACCUUCAUGUGCUCAAACUAUGCCGCUGCACCUUCAGUUUUUCUUCACCUCCUUUCCAUUGUUGCCGCAACAUAAGAUUCCUCGGAUUAGAUGGCUGCAAGGAUCGGCAAGAAGAAGAUGGUGAGAAGCAGGAUAGACCAGCUAUGGUAUUUUUUCAGAGCCUAUGGGUACUAGACAUACGCAAAACAGAUUGGGAAUUGGUUUCAUCACCAGAGAUAACUGAUCAGAUGUCUGCAAACAUUAGGGAGGUGCAUAUAAACAAGGGAAGGAUUUGGCGCCGCAGUAUGGAAUGGCGUCAACUGCAGAAUGUUCGAAAGCUCCGAGUAAUUGAGCCUACAUCCCCUUGGGUGACAGAAGAAAUGGAUGAAUUCAGAGAUAUGGUUAAGCUGGAGCUCCUUGACCUUUCUGGGAAUAGUGCAAUGCAAGUGUUACCAAGUUUAUCAGGGGCAACUAGUCUCAAGACUCUGGUUCUAGAUGGCUGUGUUGGUUUGAAGCAUGUUGGCCCCGAAGAACUACCUCCAUCACUUGAAUCAUUCAGCUUAGAUGCUCGUGCGGGAGUGGAUCAUAAUAAGAAAGCCGAAAUCACAAGUAUCUCUUUGGCUGGUUGUGCAAGAUUGGCGAGCUUCACAUUGUGUGGGUCACUUCCAAAUCUUGAGAAGCUGGAUCUAUCAGGUACUUUGGUCAAAACACUUGACCUCAAGGAUGAAGUGCUGCAAGUUCCAAUUCUUGAAGAAAUUAUUUUACUGGGAUGCUUGCAGCUCUAUGCCAUUCUAUGGCCGGAGAUGGGUUUGCCAAAACUAACAUUAUUACACAUUGAUUCUUCGGUCUGUCGUGUUCAUACAAAACUUGAUCAAGCAUAUGUUAGUAUAAUGGACAUACGGUUUUUUCAGAGCUUGGUAUUACAAAGUAAUGUUGCAUUCUGCUGGAAGAGUGCUAGGUCCCAUUUAAAUCUAUGUGUCCCUUGUACCAGCAAAUCUGAGGAAAAAAGCUAUAAGAGGGGGCAAAUAAUGGGUCGUCCUGGACCAAAGUUACUAAUACCGAAGAAUUACCGGACCUACAUGGAUGUUGAUGUUGAUGACAUGGCUAUUGAUCAUGACCACAUCAACGCACUGCAGUUUCAGCCGUCGGACUUCCAUGUGGAGAUUGGUGAGGGAAUUAGCGACAUUGGCAUGGAGAGUUCACAAGGAAUCAAGGCUAUCGUCUUUGCGGUGGCAAAGACUGAGUCGUUGCAUGUGCACGACAAUUCCUCCGUCACCACGGUCAUCCCUGAACACAUGAUGUCCAUAGAAGAUAAGAGAAUCUUAUGGCGACAUCUGAAACGGUGUCAUGUGGUGAGAUGCCCCAGGAUGCAUACAGUGUUUACUAUUUGGUUCAAUUACUACUGCUUCGAAAAACUAGAGAACUUUUGGGCGGCUGAUCUCCGGAUGGCCCAUUGUAUUUGGAGCAAAGGAAGGACAACAGGCAAGGACGAUGUUUCCUUUGCGAAACUACGGAAUAUACACCUGUACUCCUGCCCGAGGCUCGCAUAUGUUCUCCCGCUGUUGGGGUUCACCUUGAGAAGCUUAGAGACGCUUCACAUUGUCAACUGUGGUGACCUCAUUGAGGUAUUCCCUGUGGAGGAACAGUUUCUGACACGAAUAGCUACCGAUCAUAGGAAUGGCGUAUUGGAGUUCCCAAAGCUGAAGCACAUCUUCCCAAAGCUGAAGCACAUCUACCUGCAUGGGGUCUAUAAGCUGCAACGGAUCUGCGAGGCCAAGAUGUUUGCCCCCAAUCUCGAGACCGUCCGGCUCAGGGGAUGCUGGGGUCUCAGGCGCCUCCCAGCCGUCGGGCCAGAUAGCCGCCCCGUGGUGGAGUGCGAGAAGGAUUGGUGGGAGAAGCUGGAGUGGGACGGGUUGGAAGCUGGCCACCACCCUUCCCUCUUUGAGCCACGCCACUCGUCGUAUUACAAGAAGCCGCUGCCCAGAGGCUCGGUUCUCCGGUGAUCCCCGACAUAACCGUCCAGGCGUCCAGGUUUGGUGGUGACAAACCUACAACAGUUCAAGUCGAUGAAUUUUUGCUGGCCAAUAUUGUGUCGGAGACUCGGAGUGUUUUCUGAAUUCUGAAAGAAGAAGAAUUUGAUGCGCGUUUGCUUGUGUUCUGCUGAAUUUAUUUUCAUCUGUGUGUGGUUUGGUUUUAUUUGUGCUUUUAAUAAGAAGGAUUUCAUGUGCCUGUGUUGUGUCGCACCAUGGCCAGACAUACAACCCCCACUGUGUGAGUGAGAGUACUUCUUGGCUUGCCAAAGACUAUUUGUAUGAAACCAAAUUAAUUUGGGCGUGGUUGAUUUGGAAGCA